AUGGCGGUGACCUAUAAUACAACAUGGAUCACCGAACUUUGGGCACUUUUCGGCAUCGGAACCUUUAUUAUCCUCAUGCGCUUGGUGUUCCGUUGGCGGAUGCUCGGCUUGCGCGGACUGGCUGGUGACGACUAUACCUGUAUCCCGAUUCUCGCUUGUCACGUCGUCAACGCGACAGGGGCCUACUUGGUUGCGCAGUACGGAAACAAUGCGGACUUCGAUCAGGAUGAAAUUAACAUGAUGACCGAUGAACAAGCCGCGCGUCUUAUUGUUGGCUCCAAAUGGGAGAUUGCCCUGGCUUUUAUUUACAGCGCGUUGCUAUGGUUCUUGAAAGCCAACAUGCUCUUUCUAUCUUGGCGCUUGACGAGAAGCUUGACCUGGCAUAACCACCUAAUUCUCUGGAUUGCAGGCAUAAUUUUCCUGUCCUACCUCGGUGUUGUUCUUACCAUUGUCUUUAACUGCUAUCCCCCAUACCUGUACUGGCAGAUCAAGCCGUUGCCACCUAUGCGAUGUAUCCAGGCACCCGUUAUAUUCGGCGUUGUGUUCGGAUUGAAUGUAAUAACCGAUGCAAUGGUUAGUGCGCCCUGGUGGACGAUAAUGGCCCUGACAGGGAACGUAGCUGAUUGGAUGCUAGAUCGUGGCUUUACCAAUUCUACUCCUGUGGAACCUUUCCAUGCCCAGAAAGAAAUCUUUCUCUUCCUGGGAACGGGGAUUAUCGUCAUUGCGGCCGCGAUUAUUAGACUGUCUGUGACAGUAGCAAACCCAACUACUCUGAACUAUAAUCGUUGGGGAAUGCGUGAAGUUGUUGUCGAUAUCAUUGCUAUCCAUAUUCCUAUUUUCCGCCAACUAUUUCGAGAAUCCCGACGCAUGCUAGGGACCGCAACAGCGAGAUCCAGCGACACCCUCAGUACCCAUCCCAUUACACGAUCAACGGGGACUAAUUCCGCUGAAAUUUCAAAAAUUAGCCCUGCAGAUUACGGCAGGAGGUUUGGCGGAGCCACUCCUCCCAAAAAGGAUAGUCUGCUCCUAGUAACGUGCCAGGCGUUCCAGCUGGUGCUUCUCAGAGACUGGGGCGUGGGAUCUAGUGACGAACCUCCACGGCCUCGUUACGGCAUAGCCACGGGUAUCCGGGAGAUCUGCGAGGCCGAGAACCAAAACUUGGUUAGUGAAGGGCUGUUCUGGUAUUCGACAUGGUAUCUGGAAUACUACAAGGGCAACAUUUGCAAAACACGGCUACCGGGUAGAGAUCUGCGGUGGUAA